CAUUGAACGCUUGUUUUCUCGAAUAUUUAAAACAAAUAUUCAAAUUGAUGGAUUCUAUUCUCUACUCAAAACUGAAGCAUCAUCCAACAUCGAGAGUACUGAAUCUAAAGAUGAACUGGAGAAUAAUAUCAAGACUGUAGAAAUCAGAGAAUCAUUUAAGGAAAAGAGCAGUUUCUACAAGUCCUACCUGGUUCGAACCAUGAUAGAGUUUGUGCUAGCUGUUCUACUGGCUCUAUACAUGGUUUGGUUUGGAAUUAAAGAGAUAGAAAGAGACAAGAAUGUGUAUUGUGAUGUUCAUGGUGUUUAUUAUGAGUGUUCAGGAAUUCCACAACAGUUCUAUCUUUCAGUGCUAUUGGUUGCUCUUGGACUCCUGGCUCUCUACCUGCUUUCUACCUUCUCUACCAUAGCCUGGCUCCUCUGCCCCUGCUGGGGCAAGUUGGCAAGGAUGAUGAGAGCAUACAGCUAUGAAUUGAAAGCUGCCGCUGUAGCCGAAGGAAAGGAGAAUACGAGUGCUCGGAUCCUAAUGGGUGAAAUGUAUGAGAUAUACUAUAAUAACAGAGACCUCAGAUUAUUGUUGGAUCUGUUGGCUGCAACCUCGGGUUUAGCUCCUUGUCUCAGGGUGAUGGCUCUUCUUGAUAAAUCAUUCAGAGUUGAAUGCCAACCUAUCAUUCAUUCUUUAGAAAGAAAACCUAGUGAAGAAGAAAAUGAGGAUGAAGACAAGGUUGUUCUUGUGUUUUCCGAAUCCCCCUUAGCUCGGCAUAUAUUUGGAAAGAUGGAUGCUAUUCAGUGUAUGUACACUGUACAGAUUGUACCAAGGACAGACAAGGAUUCAGUGGAGGUUGUUGUUUUUACAAAAGAAGAUGAAUUAAAAUUCUUCAGUUAUUUUCACCAAGCGGGAAACGUGAUCAAGCCUGGGGAUCUCCCAAGGAAAAAGUUCUUUUUUCACGGAGUGGAUAAAGACACGGCAUACACCAUCAAGGUAUCUUUAGUUCUGAAUGGCAGAGCUAUUGCAACUGCACAGAAGAAGAUAAAGGCAGUAAUCAUUCCAAUUCGGGACAUCCAGUCGGCCCAGGCAACCAUUAUUGCAGCAAGCUAUCUCAAUCUCAAGGAUUUGUAGGAUCUUCUAAACUUGGAGGAUUCGUAGGAUCUUCUAAACUUGGAGGAUUUGUAGCAAACAGCUAUUUGUAAAUCUUGAAAUAGGACCUGAGCUGAAAACUUUAGAAUGGUGGAUAUCGGGAUUAAUGCUUGAUCCUCUCUUUUUUGAUAAUCUCAAG